GACCAUGAGGUUGACGUCAACCCUCUGAGGAACCAUUGUCUUUAUAAAAUGACAGACACUCAGGUCUGAUGCCACAUGGUCCAACAGGUAAUGAGGAGCAAGAUAGAAAACCCAGCCUGAUGGACAAUUCCUCCUUCAACAGCUUUACCCUGCAGAUAGAAGGGAUCAAAGUCACACCAGCUUCCAUGUAUCCACUCUUCUUCCUCUUCCUCUUCCUCUACCUGUUUAUAUUGACUUCUAAUCUGGGUAUUAUAACUCUGAUUCUGGUUGAUAAAAGACUCCAUCACCCUAUGUACCUGCUUUUCUGUAACCUUCCAGUUAACGAUAUUAUUGGUAACACCUACUUGCUUCCUCGUCUAAUCUCAGACAUCUUAUUGCCUCAGUCUGAACGCCUAAUCAGCUAUUAUGAGUGUGUGGUCCAGGCUUUCUUCUCACAUAUUUUUGGCACCUCCGCCCAUACAGUGCUGAUGAUCAUGGCCUUCGACAGGUACAUGGCCAUCUGUAACCCUCUGCGUUACUCUGCCAUCAUGACCAAAAGAAUGGUGCUGAAGCUAACCGCCUCAGCCUGGGGGACAGCCUUUGUUCUGGUUGGGAUUCUGCUGGGUCUGACUAUAAGGCUGAACCGAUGCAGGACUUUAAUCGUUAAUCCGUACUGUGACAACGCCUCCUUGUUUAAGCUCUCCUGUGAGAGUGUGGUAAUCAAUAACAUCUAUGGCCUGACCUUUACGGUGGUCCUUCUGACCUCCUCCAUAGGCAGCAUUGUCCUCACUUACACCAAGAUCACCUUGGUGUGUCUGACCAGCAGGAACCGGUCUCUGAACAGGAAGGCCCUGAAGACCUGCAGCACCCACUUGUCUGUCUAUAUGAUCAUGUUUAUCUGUGGGAAGGUCAACAUCCUGUUGCAUCGGUUUCCCCAGUACCUCCACUACAGGAAUAUUUCUGCUAUCAUGUUCCACAUUGUUCCCAGCAGCCUGAACCCCAUCAUUUAUGGAACACAGUCUAACGAGAUCAGACAAUUCCUGUCAAAGCUGGUCCGGUCCAGGAAGAUUCUGUCUUCCCAAUAAUGGAUAUCUGAAAAGAACACAGGUCAACUCUUGGUUCUGUUUCCAACAUUUACUCUAUCGACCAAAAAUAAGUUUUUUGGGGGGCAUCGGAUACAGACUAAAUAGACUAAAAUAAAAAGAAAAAAAUCUUCUGCUGAAGUUUUCACCAGAGCUGGAUUAGAUCUCUACAUCAUUGUGAUGGGGAAAAAUAAAUAUAUUACCCCUGAUCCUGUUAGGCCUCUAGUUCAUAACUGUGAUUGUGAGCUUGUUUUGAUUUAUUACACUAAAGUAUUCAUUCAGGCCAUCUCUCCCCGCAAGGCUACAGUGUCUGAGUGAGAGGGGUUAUUUAGUACUAUUAGGGACUGUUUGGAUUAGAGGUCAGGCUGCUUCAUAUUCAAGGUUUAUUUAACAUGUCACUGUUUUCUUUAAAUGUCUGUAACUUGUUUUAAAUAACUGUAUGUGGAGACCUUCACAGCUCUUUGCAGACUUUGAGUAAGUUAGAAAAUUCUUGUCUAGAUCUGAACAGACAAAGGAAAUUGGAAAAGAUAUAUCUCUUCUCCCAUGUAAGGAUUAAUAAAUGUUGCUUG